AUGCUAUGGUUAAAGGCUAUCAAUCGUGGAACAGAAGAAGCAAGAGGUAAACUAUGGGAGCCAAAAUCGGACUACACCUACGUAUGCUCUGCUAAUUUUUUAUCAGGUAAAAAAACCAACGAUAAGAACCAUCGGGACUAUGUUCCAUCCAAGUUCCCACAUAUCAGCCACUCAGGCUCCCCAGGAAAGAGAAAAUUGGAAAGGUUUGAGCGAGCUCAAAACAAGAAGAGAGACAUACCAAAUCCAGUGCAACAAAAAUCAAGACCUAUAGAAGCUACAAGUUGCUCCAAUAUGUCAGAAGAUGUACUUACAGAUCUUAUUGAGAAUUAAAAUGAGGGGCCAAUGGUUAAAAAAAUGAUGAAAAAUGUAAAAUGUUCAUAGCUAUCAAGAAACUUACAAAGGAGCUACGCCAGGAAAUCGUAAGUUAUCUUUUCCCUUUUCCCCCUCUUAGUAAAGAUCUAGCAUUCCGUUUAGCCAUUCUCACUUUCGCCAAAACUAGGUUUUGUAGCCACAUAAACUUCAUCGGUCGUUGCCUUCAUUCUAAAGUUAUUCCCAAGGG